GUGACUGGUGGCGGCAGCUGGCGGCGCAGCAGUGCGGGCGGUGGGUUUGGACAAGUUGUGAGGCGGCAGUGGCGCGGGCAACGACUCGGGCAGCAGCAGCGGGCCCGGCCUAGAAGCUCACCAUGCCGACGGUGGAGGAGCUUUACCGCAACUAUGGCAUCCUCGCCGAUGCCACGGAGCAAGUGGGCCAGCAUAAAGAUGCUUAUCAGGUGAUACUGGAUGGUGUGAAAGGUGGUACCAAGGAAAAACGAUUAGCAGCUCAGUUUAUUCCGAAAUUCUUUAAACAUUUUCCAGAAUUGGCUGACUCUGCUAUCAACGCACAGUUAGACCUCUGUGAGGAUGAAGACGUAUCAAUACGACGCCAGGCAAUUAAAGAACUGCCUCAGUUUGCCACUGGAGAAAAUCUUCCCCGAGUAGCAGAUAUACUAACCCAACUUUUGCAGACAGAUGACUCUGCAGAAUUUAACUUAGUGAACAACGCCCUAUUAAGUAUAUUUAAGAUGGAUGCAAAAGGAACUUUAGGUGGCUUAUUUAGUCAAAUACUUCAAGGAGAGGACAUUGUUAGAGAACGUGCAAUUAAAUUCCUUUCUACAAAACUUAAGACUUUACCAGAUGAAGUCUUAAUAAAAGAAGUAGAAGAACUUAUAUUAACUGAAUCCAAAAAGGUCCUAGAGGAUGUGACUGGUGAAGAAUUUGUUCUGUUCAUGAAGAUAUUGUCUGGAUUAAAAAGCUUACAAACAGUGAGUGGAAGACAGCAGCUGGUAGAGCUAGUGGCGGAACAGGCUGACCUAGAACAGACCUUCAACCCCUCGGAUCCUGACUGUGUUGACAGACUCUUACAGUGCACACGGCAGGCUGUGCCCCUUUUUUCUAAAAAUGUCCAUUCCACAAGAUUUGUGACUUAUUUCUGUGAGCAAGUUCUCCCUAAUCUCAGUACCUUGACUACCCCAGUGGAGGGUCUUGAUAUACAGUUGGAGGUAUUAAAAUUAUUGGCAGAGAUGAGUUCAUUUUGUGGAGACAUGGAGAAGCUAGAAACAAAUUUAAGAAAACUAUUUGAUAAAUUGUUGGAGUACAUGCCUCUCCCUCCAGAAGAAGCCGAAAAUGGAGAGAAUGCUGGCAAUGAAGAACCUAAGCUGCAAUUCAGUUAUGUGGAAUGCUUACUGUACAGUUUUCACCAGUUGGGCCGAAAACUUCCAGAUUUCUUAACAGCCAAGCUGAACGCAGAAAAGCUCAAAGAUUUCAAAAUCAGGCUUCAGUAUUUUGCACGGGGCCUUCAGGUUUAUAUCAGACAACUUCGUUUGGCUCUUCAGGGUAAAACUGGUGAAGCCUUAAAAACAGAGGAGAAUAAAAUCAAAGUUGUUGCAUUGAAAAUAACAAACAAUAUCAAUGUUUUAAUCAAGGAUCUCUUCCACAUUCCUCCUUCUUAUAAGAGCACAGUAACACUGUCCUGGAAACCUGUACAGAAGGUUGAGAUUGGGCAAAAGAGAGCCAGUGAAGAUACAACUUCACGUUCACCACCCAAGAAACCUCCAGCAGGACCAAAACGGGAUGCCAGGCAGAUAUAUAAUCCUCCUAGUGGGAAGUACAGCAGCAACUUGGGCAACUUUAAUUAUGAGCAGAGAGGAGCCUUCAGGGGAAGUAGAGGUGGUCGAGGUUGGGGAACACGAGGCAACCGUAGUCGAGGAAGACUCUACUAAGUCAUCACACAGUCUUCAGCAUUGUCAUGUGCAUAAUAUACUUAAAUUCUACUACUCAUUGGAUUGCCGGGGAUGUCCCUUAAAAAGGACUGCUGCAUUCAGCUGAAAACUUAAUGUUCUUUAUACCUUUAUAUGUAUGAUCUACUUUUGUAACAGACCAUGGUUGUGUCCAAGGUAAAACCACAACAAUAUUUUUGGAUGCUUUGUCUGCAACCUUGACUUCUUUUGCAAUAUCCUCAUUAUUCAGGCUUUAUCUUGUGAAUCUUUUAAACAUCUUGAUAAUUUGUUAUUGAAAGCUGUUCAAAUCUAAAAAUGUAAUGAAGUUCAGUCUAUUUAUGUUAUCUGGUAAAGACCACCAAUUUUGAAAGGUAACUAAGUUUUAUUUUCCCACUCUUUUUUUGCCCAGUGUAUGGAGAAAAGCAAUGGUUUUGACAUUUUAUUUUCAAGAAAACCGCUAGGCAGUGCUGCAGCAUUCCCAUGUAUCAUAUAGAACUGAAUACCAGCUUCCUUAAAAAUGUACAUGUGAUAGUGGUACACUUGGGAAGAAGUGAGCCACUGUUCGGCUUCCUUCACUUUUCUCCAUAUAUUGGGGUACAUCUGUUGAACAUAGGAUCUUAGUUGACUAGGAGUGCAUAUGUAUAAUAUACAUACAAAUGUAAACAUAUGUUGUGUGUGUUCAUAUAUAUACAUACACACAUAUGCACAUGCUUUUCAGCGUGCAUACACAACAAAUCGGUUAUUUUAAAUUCUAGGAGUCAAUAGUUUUUGAUGUGAUGAUUAUCCUUUUUGAGGCUGAAUCCAUUACUGACUUGGUAUUUGGGUUUUUACUCCCAGUAAAGCGGAAUCAGGUCAUUUGCAUUUACAUGAUUAUUGUUACUUAAAACUAAAAAUAAAAGCUGCAUUUUCAGAGACAGAUUUGAAGACCCUUGUUGCAGUGCCAUUCCAUCUGAUGUACAGGCUUCUACAGGAUGAAACAGUAUCAUUUAAAAUCUGGAGAUUUAAUACCAGGGCUCCCCAGGAAAGUGACUUCACAAUAUAGUACCAAAAAAAGGAAGGCUUUCUGUUUGCUUCUGCCACUUUCAACAUUUUAACUUCUCAGGUUAUUAAUCAGAUUAUUGCAUAAGUUAGCUGAUAGAGUCUUUAGGUUAAAACAACAGAUGGGAGGUUUGUGGAGUGUCUAAUGUUCUGGGCAUUUUUAGUAGCAUAGAACCUUUGCUCUGCACUUGAAUGUUUCAUAUAUUUUUGUUCCACAGUUAAUCUUCCCUUCCCCACGUUUGCAAAUCAAAUGCCCAAUGACAUAUCUAGUAGGGUUUUUUUUUUUUUUUUUUUUGAGGAAUAGGUUGUAAUUCCAACACAGGUGUCUUCAUUAACAUUACUUCUACACUGGGAAAAAAGCAAAACCCCUUUGAUGGAAUGAUUGCACAUGUGUAUGGGGAAAAUCUUCCUGAAAGACUAGAAUGAUACAAGUGAACACAAGAGGUUGUUCAGCUUGACUACGUGGCAAUAAUCUCUUAAACAUACUAUAAGACUGAGCUGAACUUAGGCUCCCUUGGAAUCUCAAAAGAUGUAGGAAUAUUUGAAAUCUGGCCACCUAGUCUGGACCUCAGAGAUAGGUCAGCCAGUGGUCUAAAGCCACUGCACAUACAGAAACUGUAAUUGGACUACAGCUAUAUAAAUUAUGGGCAUCAAGUAAAAAUUUACCUCUUUCUCUUUUGUAAAGCAUAUUUGUAAACUCAGAGCUGAGCAGGAGUGACCUGAUCUCACAUAUGGACACUUAAGUUGAUGUGGUCUUCUCCUCCCUCAUUGUUUCCCUUUCCUAAGGUAAUAGUACACAACUUAGAGUUCUUUAUGCUUCAUAAACUUUAAUGGAAUUCAUGCCAUGGUUUUUUUUUUUCUUCUGUGAGACACCUGUUUACCACCUUGUUUAAAUGUAAAUGUUCCCUAAGCUUUUGAAAUAAAUUUCCUUUUGUAA